AUAUACCUUUGUCACCACCACUGGUAACAAGGACAUCAUCAUGGUGGGAGACAUGAAGAAGAUGAAGAACAAUGCCAUUGUUUGCAACAUUGGUCACUUUGACAAUGAAAUCGACAUGCUAGGGCUCGAAACCUACCCAGGGAUCAAGAGAAUUACCAUUAAGCCCCAAACAGACAGAUUUGUCUUCCCUGAAACAGGAAAAGGUGUGCUUAUUUUGGCAGAGGGCCGUCUCAUGAACUUGGGUUGUGCCACCGGACACCCCAGCUUUGUCAUGUCGUGCUCGUUCACUAACCAAGUGAUUGCCCAGCUUGAGCUGUGGAAGGAGAGGGCUACCGGGAAGUAUGAGAAGAAGGUCUAUGUCUUGCCAAAGCAUCUUGAUGAGAAGGUUGCAGCCCUUCAUCUUGGGAAGCUUGGUGCUAAGCUUACUAAACUCACACCUGAGCAAGCUGCAUAUAUCAGUGUUCCAGUUGAGGGUCCUUACAAGCCUGCCCAGUACAGGUACUAAGCAGAGACGUUUCCCGGGAUCAAGAAGGGAGUGUUUUUUUUAUCUGAUCAGAAACAGAAGUUCUUUUUUUGUAAUUGUUGGGGACAUGUUGAGGUGUUUGGAUACUAGAAGCUGAGAUCUCUGAACAAGAGAGAGACCAUCUACGAUAUGUUGAAUAAGUUUUUGGUGGGGGAGGGGUCUUUUGGUAUUAUUGUUUCUUAGAUUGGUUUGAUUGCUCGCUUAUGUUGUUUCUUUUCUUUAAAAAAUGAAGGCCGGUUUUGUUUUCUUUGCUGCUUGUCCAAUCUUUUUCACUUUUUACAUCAGGAAAAACGUUAUGUAGGGUUGUGCUUCUGUUUUUCAAUUUCAUCUCAGUCA